AUGUCUGCUUCUAUCCCGGCACAGUCAGCUCCUUGCGAGCCCCAAACUAAAGUUGCACUCGAGGCAAAAGUCAUUGCUAUAACCGGUGCAAACCGCGGAAUCGGACUGGGCAUCGCCGAAUGCUGUUUGAUCAACGGCGCAGCCAAGAUCUAUUCCAUCGACAUAGGCGACGUCGGCGAUGACUUCGAGGCCCUGUCCAAACGCUUCCCCAACCAACUUUUCGCCAUCCAGGCCGAUGUGACACAGGAAGACAGUAUCUCGGGGGCGGUGGACAAGAUUGUCGAGGAGGCUGGGGCACUGCAUGGAAUGGUUGUCAACGCGGGACGAACGAACCACAAAGCAGCGUUGGACUUUACGACCGAGGAAAUACAGGCACUCUUUUCCGUGAACUCAGGAAUGGAUCAGCUAUUUGGCGCAUUCUACACGGCUAGGUGCGCCGCGAGAGCAUUCAUCAAGCUCGGAAUCAAGGGGUCGAUCGUGUUUACGGCUUCAAUGGCCUCCUAUCGUCCAAACAAGCGCGUACCAUCAACCCCCUAUGGAGCAUCAAAGGCCGGUAUCCGAAACAUGACUCAUACGCUGGCCAUGGAGUGGGCAUCCCAUGGCAUCCGGGUGAACAGUGUUUCCCCGGGUUUGGUCAACACAGCUAUGACAUAUUGGGUGCCACAACAGCCCGAUUGGGAGCAGCAGUUGAAGUACUAUGGCGGAUUCCCGCGUCUAGCUGAGGUUCAGGAACUUGGCGGCGCAUAUGUGUAUCUGCUGAGUGAUGCUGCGAGCUACACAACCUCUAUUGAUAUACCUGUCAAUGGGGUUAUUGGAAUCUGCUGA